UCCUCCUACCAUGUAGCCACAGCUACUGUAAAGUCUGUCUGCAGCAAUGCUGGGUGUCGAAGGGGUUUCGGGAAUGCCCCGUUUGCAGGAAGAGAUUUUCAAUGGGUAACCUGUCUCUAAAGAACCUGUGUGUGAGGCCUACCUUGAGGAGAGAGCUUCAGCAGAGUCUGAGUCUAAAGUGCCCUGCAGUCUGCAUGUUGAGAAAUUCAAGCUCUACUGUCUGGAGGAUAAGCAGCCCAUCUGUUUAGUGUGUCAAUCAUCUAGAAAACAUAUGAGUCAUGACUACUGCCAUAUAGACGAAGCUGUACAGGACCUCAAGGACAAGGUACAACGACAUAAAGACAUGCAUUUUACAGAGUCACGUUUUUAUUGAACAUAAUAAUUUUUUCUAUGUGAGGUGUUUAUAUAUACUGUAUACAGAUUAUUGUACUGUAAGAUAAGAUGUCCUUUCGUUUCAGGGUGAACUCGAGAGAACACUGAAACCCUUACAGGAGAAGCUGAAGGUGUUCAAAAAGCUACAGAAAUCUGUACUUCCACAAUGCAUCACAUUCAGGUAGGACAACGUUUGAGUUUAAUAUAUUAGAGAACGCAGCUAUCAUGUAUUAGAUCAGUAUUUAAUUCUGUUUGCAUUUGGUUGCCAAAUGUUUGAUAGAGUUGGCUAAAUCAUCAUUUUGCACAGCUAGACUCUGUAGUAGGCCUAAUUAAUUCACUGCUGUACCAAUGGCUAGCAAAAUCAGACCAGAAUCCGGCAACCGGACCAGGGAAUUGGUUUUCUGGAUGAAAUGUGAGAAUUCCAGUAACGUAAUGUAAUAACAGUUCUCUCACUGUCUCCAGAGACAAUUCCAAGACACAGACAUGGAGAUCAAGUAUGAAUUCGAGGAGUUUCAGCAGUUUCUUAGAGAAGGCCAGGAUUGACAUACUGAGGGAAGAAGAGUUUGAGAAGACUUCAGCAAUGGUGAAUAGGAUUGACCAGUUGAGACAAGAUGUCAUCACUUGUAAACACAAUUGAAGCUAUAGAGGAUGAGCUAUGAGCUGAAGACACCUCAUUCCUUCAGGUCAGGACUGCUCUGUCUAAGUUAACAUUAUUUAUUAUUGUAUUUAUAAUGAUGAAUAGUGAUUGAUAAAUAUUGGAAUUUAAUCUGGUAGUUUGUUCUUCUGCAGAACUACAAGACUAUCAUGGAAAGGUAAGUGAGCUGCAUCCUGUCUCUCUCUUCUCUGUGUGUUCUGAACCCCCACAGCACAACUCCCACUGACUCCUGAAUAUUCUGUGCACACUGUCAGAUCCAGAUACACAGCUGGUCUCAGGAGCACUGAUUGACAUAGACAAAAAUCUGGGCAACCUGCAGUUCAAAGCUUGGGAGAAGAUGCAGAGGAAUGAGAUUGUCACUUACAGUUUGUAUACUUUUUAAAAUCUUUAGUAAAUACUAGUGGGCACCAAUAUUGAUAAUUCGAUAUGAUAUUGAUAUGAACAAGGCAUAUCGUGAUAUCGGUUUAUUCUUCCUGUUAACCUGACCUGGCCCAAUGGGCAAUCCGCAAGCAGUUGUCUGGACUAAACAGAGCUGUGGAAGUGAACAGAAAAGUUAACAUUUUAUAUAGGGCUGUUAACGUUAAUAACACAUGAUAACAUUUCUUCACCGCACAGAACUUUUUAAGUGCACGUGUUUCCGCACUGACCAUUUUAGGUGCAGAACACGACACUGAACACAGCUACAGCAGAGAGGAAGAGGAAGAGAGGCCAAAGAUGUUGGAUAUACUGACAAGAUACAUGUCUCUCCGCCCUAACAAUGGGAGUCGUUGUCCACAAAGCGGCACGGCGGGCUGUCUAGCUCCUGCCUAUCCUUUCUUUGGAUUGGUGGAUACAUCUCAUUAUUGUAAUCCUUUUUUGAAUAUUCGAUGAGGGUUGAUGAGGUCAACCGCCUGUAUUCAAUGGAGAGGUGCUUUGCUACUAGCCUCAUGCCAGAUCUUUUCCCUCCAGCAGGUGCCGUUUUUUUGUUUCGCCUACCAAGUAGUGGGUUUUUGUAUGGAGGUCAAUGAGUGUCGAAUUUGGUCAACCAAAAAAUGAAUGGCUUAUUUGUUACAUUAGGUUUAUUUGAUGGAAUAUACGUUUCGUAAUGCCUAAGUUGUUACGAGUGUACUGAUGUGUGUAUGUGUGACAUCAUUGCAACUUUGAGAAAAAAACACUUUAUAUUGGAGUUGUCUCGAGAUGUCUAUGCAUAUUCAUGGUAUGAGGCUAGUAGCAUAGCAUCUAUCUCCAUUGAAACAGGCGGUUGACGUCAAUAACCCUCAUCGAAUAUUUAAAAAAGGAUUACAAUAAUGAGAUGUAUCCACCAAUCCAAAGUUAAAAUGAGCUAAACCUAACCUUAACCACACUGCUAACCUUAUGCCUAACCCUAACCUAAAAUUAUAUAGCCUAUAUAUCGUAAUAAUUAAUGAAAACAAACAUUUGCUUUCAUGAAAACAAAAAUGUGAAAUAGGAGGGGUUUAUGACUUUGUGGCUAUGGUAACAACCCCUUUACAUUGCUGAAGACUGUGUGCCUCUAGCCAAAAUCAUGUAAAAGUUAUGCCCAAUAUUACCGGAGUUAUGUUUUUUUUCUUUCUGUCGCGAAUUUGUGCUCAUGUCGCGAUCCGUUUUAAACUAGUCGCGAGCCGAUAUUUUUUGGUUCGAUAAUAAAACAUUGUUUAGCUAGCUAGUCAUGUUACCUAGCUAGCUAGCAACCUGAUAACUUGACCACUGACUAGGCUAUGCACAAACUUGGAUGGCACAGGAGGAACUGAAAAGGAAUAGACAACUCAACCUGGUCUCAGAGCAUUUCGUAUGUUUCUUUUCCUAAAUCCGAAGAAUGCAAACAUCUAGCAACCCAAAGGUUGCGAGUUCGAAUCUCAUCACAGACAACUUUAGCAUUUUAGCUGAUUAGCAACUUUAACUACUUACUACUUUGCAAGUACUUAGCAUGUUAGCUAACCCUUCCCCUAACCCUUUUAGCUAAACCUAACUCCUAAACUUAAUCCUAACCCUUAGCUAAUGUUAGCCAGCUAGCUAACGUUAGCCACCUAGCUAGAAUUCGUAACAUAUAGUACAUUUUGCAAAUUCGUUACAUAUUGUACGUUUUCCAAAAUCGUAAUAUAUAAUGCGAUUUGCAUAUGCAAGAGUGGGGUUUGUAUGAUAUUGUGUGUAUGUGUCUGAAAAUGAGUAAGUGAGAGAGCGGGUGUGGGAGGGAGGGAGAGUGUGUAGGACUAUGUGUGUAAAGUUAUCGGAAUGGUUACAGUGUUUUCAUAACAUUGUUGGACAAGUUUAAAAGCUCCUUGUUCUUUUCAUCCAUAGAGCCAUUUCUUAUUUCCUAUAGUCACACUCAUUUAGAAUGCCUGAAGCUUUAACAGUACUUAAAGCAGUGUGUGUGCUGUGCACAAGUGUUCAACUUCAAGAACAUUCAUAAGAGGAAGUAGGCCUACUUAAACAUUGGGAGCAUUAAUAGCUGUAUGUUACAGUGACAUUUGUGUUGUUGAUGGUAAAAUUCCAUUAAAAUAUUUUGAUACAGAUUGUUUUGUGUUUCCGUCCCUUAUAAUCAAAACAUAGUAUGCCUGUAACUCUAUGCACUGCUUUCUUGAUGAAAAAUAAUAAUAAUUUAGGGACCAAAUUUGAGCAAAUUCUAAAAUUGCCCACUGAUUAAAGACUAAAGUAUCUCUGAUCUUUCCACUCAGCUCCUGUGAUUCUGGACCCCAACACUGCCCAACCACAAAUGGUCCUGUCUGAUGAUCUUACCAUUGGCACAUACUUUGAACACAGCAUGCAGCUUCCUGACAACCCAGAGAGGUUUGAUAAAUGGCCCUCGGUCCUGGGCUCUGAGGGCUUUGACUCAGGCUUACACACUUGGGACGUUGGGGUUGGGGAAAAUGAAGAGUGGAUGGUGGGUGUGCAAUCAGAGUCUGCUCUGAGGAAGGGAGAAAUAAAGAAUAGAGACCAGUCCUGGGGUUUAACACACUUGUAUGGUACAUAUAAAGCUUUUUCCACACCAAAUGACAAAAUUCUUCUCACUGUAGACUAUACCAGGACAAUCAGAGUGCGGCUGGACUGGGACAAAGGAACACUGUCAUUCUCUAACCCUGAUAAUGCCACACAUAUACACACGUUCACGCACACUUUUACUGAAAGAGUCUUUCAACAUCUUGGUAAUGACAGCAAAUGCCCUCUGACAAUCUUACCAGGGGAGGUCCCUUUAGUGAUAUCACCUGUCAAGUGUAAAGCUGAUCCAGACUCUGACAAUGAAGAAGAAUGCUUCUUU